AUGUUCAUCGCCCUCACAUUUACCCUCUUCAUCUCUCUCUCCUCCGCCCGCACAUGCUACCACCCCGACCAAUCCAUUGCCACCGGAAACGUCCCCUGCACCUCCGCUGAUACGACCUAUUGCUGCGACUCCGAUGCGAUCUGCAUGUCCAAUGGCUACUGCGUUGGAGUCGGAGCCCAGCCAUAUGUCUUCUACCGGGGCUCCUGUACGGACGAAAACUGGGGUAGUGGUUGUCCGACGCAAUGCGUGGAUAAGAACCCCAGCGGCGGCGCACCCAUUAUCGGCAUCGGAACUCACAGCUCCGGAGAUUCACAAUACUGCUGCGGCUUUCAGGUCAAGAACAACGGGUCUUCGGAGUGCGUGGAUGGCGACACGGCGUUUACGUUAAACAAUGGGGAGAUUAUUCUCGGGCGGGCCCUGCUGGAGAAUGUCACGGAAGUUAGUAAUGCUAGUUCCACUUCGACAAACACUGUUUCCACCGAGACAGUGCUAGCCACGUCAACGACUUGUUCGAGCAGUGAGAAGCACUGUAGCUCUAAUGCGACGGCUGUGGGGGCUGGCGUGGGUGUGCCCCUGGGAGUGCUGGCCGUGUCGGCUGCCGUGUGGGCGCUCUGGGAGAGGAGCAGGAGAUUAACAGCGUCUACAGCUGCCGUUAACGCUCAAGAGGGUUUCUAUAUGGACAAAGCACCUGUACAAGAGGACAAUGUUCCGCACAGAAUGCAACAGGCGCCGACGGAGUUGGACACGCGGGCUAGGAUAUCGGAGAUGAUGGGAAGUACAUAUAACUACCACCCUGCAUCUUAG